ACGAAGUAUGAAGUAUAUCACAAAAGUAUCUGAACUCUGGUGCGAAUCCUACAAAAACAACCAAAGUUUUGAAAUUAUAUUCUGCCAAUUUAUUAUAAUUUAAAUUAAAUAAAAUAAAUUACGUUUAAUUAUUAGUUACAAUAAAGAAGGUUUAAUAAUUUAUGAACAUCUUAACUGUCAAGAACUAUGACGUCAACUGAAGGAAGAAAUGAAUGCUACAAAAAACAGUCAUAUUUAUCUUGGAAAGAUUACUUUAUGUCUGUGGCUUUUCUUUCGGCGAAACGUAGUAAAGAUCCAUGCAGUCAAGUGGGUGCUUGUCUAGUUAAUGAAGACAAUAGAAUUGUUGGAGUGGGAUAUAACGGAUUUCCCAGAGGCUGUAGUGAUGAUGAAUUCCCCUGGACCAAAGAUGAAGGGAAUACCUUAAACUCCAAAUAUUUAUAUGUGUGCCAUGCAGAAAUGAACGCAAUUCUCAACAGGAAUUCGUACAAUUUGAAAGAAUGCACUUUAUACGUUGCACUUUUUCCUUGCAACGAGUGUGCUAAAUUAAUAAUUCAGUCAGGAAUAAAAACCAUUUUUUAUGCGUUUUGUAAGAACGCUGACGAUGUCAGAAUAAUUGCUUCAAAGCGAAUGUUUGAUGCUGCAAAUGUUAAGUAUAGUGAGUAUAUUCCAAGUGCAGAAAAAAUUGUGAUAGAUUUCACUGCUAUUAAUUUGGAUCAAGUUGAUCAGUUGCCGCCGUCUCCACAAAGGAAGGAUGAAAGUGAAAAACAUUCUCUUUGCCAGUCACCGCUGUUAAAUAGAAAUGACUUAUCUCUCUGUGAUAAAUUCCAAAGUGACUUGAAACUAAGUGAUAUCAGUGAAAAGAGGCAAUCAUUUUUAUCGUGGGACGACUAUUUUAUGGGAAUGGCGUUUCUCGCUUCCAUGCGAAGUAAAGAUCCUCAUACACAAGUUGGCGCUUGCAUUGUUAACGAAGAUAAAAUAAUUGUUGGAAUAGGUUAUAACGGAUUUCCUCAGGGGUGUAGUGAUGACGAAUUUCCAUGGACAAAAAAUCAACCUGACAUGUUGCAGUCUAAAUUUCUCUAUGUUUGCCAUGCGGAAGUGAAUGCAAUUUUGAACAGAAAUUCGGAAAAUCUUAAAAAUUGCACAAUUUACGUGGCUCUGUUCCCGUGCAACGAAUGUGCUAAAAUAAUAAUUCAGGCUGGAAUAAAGAAAAUUUUAUUCUUAUCUGACAAGAAGGCACACAAAAUUGGGACAAUCGCUUCAAAGAAAAUGUUGGAUGCUGCAAAUGUGGAAUACAGGCAAUACGUACCCAAUAAUUUACUGAUGGAAAUUGAUUUUCAACAAAAUGGAAAUUAAUAUCUAACAAAAGGCUUUUAUUCAAAAGUACUGUUGAUCCUUCAUAUUCAAAGUGUCGCCAGUUUAUUGACGCUUUAAUAACUUGGAUUCGCAAUCUCAAAAUAUAUAUUCUCAAAGAGUGUAGUAUUUUUUUUACCAAAAAGUUUAUAAAUCGAAAGUGAGUUUUCUCAUAUAUACGAACGAUGAAGAAUUAAGAAAGAGUUAAAUAUUUAAAUAGAUUUUAUUAUUAUUAGUUAAUAAUUAAUGUCAAUGUGUUCAACGAACUCUUGUAUUUUUAAGGUAUUGGAUAUUUUCAAAAAUAAAUUGGAAUUAGUAUUUUUGCAAAUUUAAUGAAUUUAGAAAAAGAAAAAUUCGAGUUUCUUAUUGUUAGGAAAAUAAGGAACGGCAAAAAAUUGGAUAAUAUUACAUUAAUAUAAUGUUUUUUUAUGUUUUCAAAAUAAAUCAUUUUAUUAAAUGAGAAAUGUAAAUAUUUAAAAAAUAUUUUGUACCAACGAGAAAAUUUAGAAUUAAAGAUGAAAAUAUUUAUAUUUUUA